AUGAAGCUAUUAAUCGGCCUUGCACUUUGUGCUUUAACGUCCGCCGCCCCUUCACCAAUUGAUAUCGUUCCAGAUAGAGUCGCCCGUCGAGCCGUUUGCACUCCAGCUUCAGGUGCGAGUUCUGGUAACGACUCCCCAGCGAUUACAUCCGCAUUUACAACCUGCGGUAAUGGAGGAACGAUUGUUAUCCCCGAGGGCGUCACAUACUACCUAAAGGAUUCCGUCAACUUCACCGGAUGCGCCAACUGCGAUUUUCAAAUCGAGGGUACUCUGAAAGCUAAUGGUGAUACCAAUAUCUGGAACGGCAAGCGUGCUUUCUUACAAGUCAGCAAGAUUACUGGGAUUAAAAUCCGAUCUUUGACCGGGAAGGGUGUUAUCGAUGGAAAUGGACAAAACUCUUAUGAUAGAUUUGCAACGGAUAAGACAUUUUCUCGACCGAGUAUGAUGGAAAUCACCAAUAGUAAGAACGUUGAGGUUUAUGGAUUUUGGUAUAAAAACCCGCCAAGCGUCUUCAAUUCCGUCAAAGAUACUACAAAUAUCAACUUCCACAACCUCAAACUGAGCGCUAUCUCCAAAUCCACAAAUCUCCCAAAGAACACCGAUGGGUUCGCCGUCGUUCGUACCAGCUACACCGUCGUCAAGAACGUCGAAGUCACCAAUACCGACGACUGCGUUGUCCCCAAGGGUGGCGUUGAAUACUUCCACGCCGAAAAUGUGGUUUGCAAUGGUUCCCACGGCCUAUCCAUCGGCUCCCUCGGAAAGUCAGGUCUAGAGGAGGUUAAACACGUUCUAUUCAAGAACUGUACCAUGAUCGGAUCUACCAAGGCUGCAGGUAUAAAGACAUACCCAGGCGGAUACGGUAGCUCCGCCGUCACAAAUGUUACUUGGGACGGUAUCACGGUUACUGGAUGUGAAUACGGAUUCCAAGUUCAAAGCUGUUAUAACGAGGAUGCCACAUACUGUGCAUCUAACCCUGGAAUCGUCUCACUUAGCCAGAUCAAGGUUAAGAACUUUACGGGGAAAACGAACGGAAAAUAUGUGCCAACUGCGAAUAUUAACUGCAGCCCUGCGGGGACAUGUGAUAUUCAAAUUGUGAACUGGGGAGUCACCACACCUAGUGGAGCGAAUACGGUUUAUUGUGCUAACACGCCAUCAUCAUUGGGAGUUACUUGUACUGCAGGAGCUUCCGGUUAA